CGCUUGUUUGUCCCUCCGGCCGACCCGUAGUGUUAGCUCCUCGCCAUCAUGGAGGGCGCUGCGGCCUCCGCCGAGGGCCUGCGCUACGCCGAGUACGCCCGGGCCCCUACGGGCGCCGGCAAGGGCCAAGCCGAGCUGGACCGGGGGCUGGCCAGGACUAUGAUAGCACUUGGGCUUGGUGUUGCAACUUUUGCGUUUGCAGGUCGCUAUGCUUUCCGUGUUUGGAAACCAUUGGAGCAGACAAUUACAGAAGCAGCAAAGAGGAUUUCAACUUCUAGUUUUUCGUCAUACUAUAAAGGAGGAUUUGAACAGAAAAUGAGUAGACGAGAAGCAAGUCUUAUUUUAGGUGUAAGUCCAUCUGCCGGCAAGGACAAAAUCAGAACUGCGCAUAGGAAAAUCAUGAUUUUGAAUCAUCCUGAUAAAGGUGGAUCACCUUACUUAGCAACAAAAAUAAAUGAAGCAAAAGACUUGCUGGAAUCCAGUGCCAAAAACUGAAACCCGAAGCCGUGGAUCAUAGGAGAUUCAGCUGAUCCAUUGUGCAAUAACUCUCAUGUCUGCUUACUCUGCACAGUUUCUUAGCAUUGAUCGUUCAUAUUUAUUGUAAUAAUUAAAAGUUACAAUUAUUUAAAAGCAAACUGAAAUCUUUUACAGCUGUGUAAAGUUAUGUACAGUUAUGUCCCUGCAAGGAGCAAGGAGUUAGAAUGAUGAUUCUUAUGGGUUCCUUCCAACUCAAGAUGUUCUGUGAUUCUGUCCCAAUUUUAGUGUUUUCUUACUGAAUUAUAAUCCCUUACAAGCUUUGAAAAAGUUCUUUUAACUGUGUUUUUUCCAAUAUUUUUUUCUUUCGGUGAACUUAGGAUCAUUUAAAAUAAAAAUUUUAAAACAGU